UUCUUUCUUCGAACGUCACAUUUGGCAAGAAUAUGCGAAAUAACUUGGGUGAAACUGCAUUUACAGAUUCAAAGGCCAUUAUGGACUCUGCCCAUUUCUGAUCUAUUACAAAAUAAGCUCAAAGAUGCUGGUUUUGAUUACGUUGAAGAUAUUUUACACGAAGCAAAUGCUGAAGCAACUAAGCAAAUCGUACAAGACACGAAACUAGACCUUACACAGUUCACCAAGAUAUCAACAAAAACCGCUUUAGAAGCGCUAAAGGCUGACAUCGAAAAUGAUGAUAAUAUAGUGACAUUUUCAAAAGCUAUUGAUGAUUUAUUUGAUGGAGGUAUUCCUACUGGUAGACUAACUGAAUUGAUCGGAGCUCCUGGAUGCGGCAAAACUCAGCUUUGUUUACAAUUGUGUGUCAGCGUUCAGAUGCCUAAAUUUCUUGGUGGCCUGGAUGGUUACGCUGUUUACAUAGAAACAAAUUCCAACUUUUCUGUUAAAAGAAUCAAAGAAAUUCAUAAAUCAUGCGCCUCACACUGUGUCAAUAUUUCUCAAAAAUUGCCUUCAUCAUCGCGAAGUGAAAGUGAUCUACAGCAAUUUUUAAAAGAAAAUCCCCUGCGCAAAAUAAUCAAGUUUUCAGUAGAAAAUGUAGAAGAACUGAGAAGCAGUAUUUUCACUGUAAGAUCACAGCUAGAAACUUCAUCAAAUAAUGUUAAAUUGAUAGUUAUUGAUAGCUUCAUAUUUCCUUUUUAUCUGACUGAUGCUGAUUUGGAUAGAACGAAGAUGGUUACAGAAAUUUUAAUUCAGCUUCAUCAACUGGCGUCUAAUCAUCACUUGGCAGUCGUUAUCACAAAUGAAUUAACAACGUGUAUCUUGGAUAAUGGUGCUACGGAAGUUACGCCGAGCUUGGGAGAAAGUUUUGCCCAUAUAAUUCACAAUCGUGUAAUGCUGGGAAAACAGAAACGCGAUGAUUUUUAUUCCGCCAUAAUGCAAAAAAGUUUUGAGUAUUCUUCCGGUAGCGCUUAUUUUCAGAUCUGCCAGGACGGUGUAAGAGAUGUCCCAACGGAAUAACUAACCUCAGCUUGAUUCGUGAUUACGUUUUUUUAUACAUUUCAAUUGAAGAUUUAAUUUAAGGCAGAGUAAUUAAGAACUAUUCUUUAAUAAAAAAAAAUAAAUAAAUUCAUGAUAACAUAAAAUAUCGUAACAAAAAAUAAGUAUACAAAGUAAAAAGUGUUUAAAAACUGAAGUCUAACAAUGAAGACAUCUGGUUCUUUUGUGAAAAAAGAUACCUACUUAUACGUUUUGUGGCAAUGAAAAUUCAAAUGUUCGAACUCAAACAUACAUAUUAUUAAUCACUAUAAUAGGGAAAUGUAUUCAUGAAUUUUGUGGUAUCAAGUGCACUAAAACCACAACCUAAUCAGUCUCGUUGUUCGUCAUAGAAAUAAAUUAUUCAUCAUCAUUGAAAAAUACCAAAUUCAAAACUUUUAAAAACAAUUCAUAAUAUGGAGGCUAUUCGUAUUAUUAUAAUAUGGUCUACGGGAAUUUUUUCAAUGAAAAUAACAAAUAUGUAAUUUGAUUGGGUUCCAUUCCAUGUCGCUCUAUAGCUACUUAUACAACAGAAGUUUCGUGUUUGCAAAAGAUGUAGGUAAGUACGAACAUAGGCAUUUAAAUAUAAAAACAAUAGUUUAUCCGUACAUUAAUGAACAUAUAUAUCGCAUGCACUUCAAUGAUAGGCACAUAACAGAUUAAAAUACAAAAUACAAAUAUAAUACACAGCACAUGAUGCGUCAAACCGUCAAAAUAAAGAAAAUUGAGUCAACCAGGCGAGUUUGGUUUCAUCGUCAAACUAAAAGCUGAAAUACAAAUACCUGCCAA